AUGGCUGAGUCUCAGCAGAGAGGCAGCUCCGGCAUACAGGGCACUCGCUUCCCCAAAGCCAGGACCGUCCAUUUUGAGAACAACCUUGUUGAGGAUGCACAAGAAAUGCCAGCAAACGAGGUGCCGGAGGAGGCAGCUCCUCCCUCCAUGCAUGUCACAGACAGGGUAUUUUUUAUUGAUUUAGCCAAUAAGCAGCAGACAACCAUCCCACUGGAGGUCCUGAGGCUGGAAGAUCUGGAAGAGCUGCACGCGGAGAGCAACCAGAUCGAAAGCAUCCCGAGAGACAUCAACCACCUGAGCAACUUGAGGGUUCUCUACCUGGACCAGAAUCACAUACAGGAGAUAUGUGAAGAACUGGGAGAGCUAAAAUGUCUUCAGAGCUUAGAUUUAAGUAACAAUCCACUGUCGUACAGUUCGCUGCCUGUUAUCAGCAAGUUGCAGGCCCUCCGUCAGCUCAGGCUCUAUAACGUAAACCUGCAGGAAAUCCCAGUACAGAUCUGCAAAUACCUACAUCAUAUCGAACUGCUCGGACUCUCUGACAAUCACCUGAAGCGUCUGCCCAAAGAACUGGUGAACCUGACACAACUCAGAGAGAUUUACCUCCAAAAAAACAGAUUUGAAAGUUUUCCCCUGGAGCUUUGUCAUAUGGUUAAUUUAGAAAUAAUAGAUCUGGAACAAAAUCUAGUCAGUGUCAUCCCUGAAGAGGUUGGCUCUUUGACAAACUUGGUUAAGCUAUUUUUAGCUUUUAAUAAUUUAUCCUCCAUUCCUGACACACUGCAACACUGCCAGAAACUAACCGUGCUGGAUCUGUCUCAUAAUCUUCUCCACAAGCUUCCCGAGGGCUUGAAAAAUCUCCCUGGAGUGGAAGAAAUUGGACUGUCUGGUAACAGUCUGAAGAAGCUCCCACGUGAGAUCUGCAGCUGGAUGUCCCUUUCCCUUGUUUACUUGAGGAACACUGGACUGCGCACAGUACCAAAGUCCUUCACCAGAUUAACCAGUGUCAGGAUACUAGAUUUGAGUGAAAAUCGUUUUGAUGAGAUUCCUAAAAGAAUGUGUGAUAUGAAAAAUCUGGAAAUUUUGGCCCUGGAUGACAAUCAGAUACAUGAGAUACCCACAGAGGUGAAAGAACUGGCGAAUCUGAAGUGCCUUGGCCUGUCUGGAAACCAAUUCAGUAUCUUUCCGAAGGAAAUAUUUCUCCUGAAGUCAUUAGAGAGAUUAUACCUGGGACAAGAUAAAGGAAUUAAACUCACAAGUCUGCCAGGAGACAUCAAGGAACUGCAGAAUCUGAAAGAACUGCAUAUCGAGAACAACCAUCUGGAGCACCUGCCUCUAGGCAUCGGCUUGUUGACCAACCUGGAAAUACUCGACUGUCGCAACAACUGCCUUAAACGGAUCCCAGACUCCAUAUGCCAAAUACGAGCUCUGCAAAAGCUGCUCGUGCAGAACAACCAGCUGAGUCACUUGCCCGAGGACUUGGACACUCUGCAGCAGCUGGAGCUGGUGCUUGUGGAUGGGAAUCCUAUGAGUGAACCUCCAAUGGAAGUGUGCUGCCAGGGGACAUUGCCCAUCUUGGAAUACUUACGGGAAAGAAGGCGUAAGAAGGCCGUGAUCCUGAAGGUCCGGAAUCUGUGGCGUGGGUUGAUGGUCAAGAAGGGGAUUAGACCUUUCCUGGCACUUAAGACACUAAUGAAACAAGGAAAGAAGGGGAAAAAAGGAAAAGAAAAGGGAAAA